GAAAACAUGCAGCUCUUCUCGCUGGGUGCUCCCACAGUCUUCGAGCAGAGGGACCUGAUACUGGUAUUUUUUAUCUUCCUCACAAUAUUCAGCCAAGAGCACUUAAAGUGCAUACUGCAUACUUGUUAAAUGAGAUAUCCUCUGAGAGCCAAGCAAAGAACAUUAAGGAAGAAAGGAGGAAUGAUGCUGGAAACAGUGCAGUGAAAAAAGACAUUCAAGGAGCAGGGUACCCACUACCCAGAGACUGGACUGUGUCAUCAGAAUGAGAACUUACCGGUACUUCUUGCUACUCUUUUGGGUUGGUCAGCCCUACCCAACUUUCUCAACCCCGUUAUCCAAGAGGACUAGUGGUUUCCCGGCAAAGAAACGGGCCCUGGAGCUCUCUGGAAACAGCAAAAAUGAGCUGAACCGUUCGAAAAGGAGCUGGAUGUGGAAUCAGUUCUUUCUCCUGGAGGAAUAUACGGGAUCCGAUUAUCAGUAUGUGGGCAAGUUACAUUCAGACCAGGAUAGAGGAGAUGGAUCACUUAAAUAUAUCCUUUCAGGAGAUGGAGCAGGAGAUCUCUUCAUUAUCAAUGAAAACACAGGGGAUAUACAGGCCACCAAGAGGCUGGACAGGGAAGAAAAACCUGUUUACAUCCUUCGAGCUCAAGCUAUAAACAGAAGGACAGGGAGACCCGUGGAGCCUGAAUCCGAAUUCAUCAUCAAGAUCCAUGACAUCAAUGACAAUGAACCAAUAUUUACCAAGGAUGUUUACACAGCCACUGUUCCCGAAAUGUCUGAUGUUGGCACAUUUGUUGUCCAAGUCACUGCAACUGAUGCUGAUGAUCCAACUUAUGGGAACAGUGCUAAAGUUGUGUAUAGUAUCCUACAGGGGCAGCCCUAUUUUUCAGUUGAAUCAGAAACAGGCAUCAUCAAGACAGCUUUGCUCAACAUGGAUCGAGAAAACAGGGAGCAGUACCAAGUGGUGAUUCAAGCCAAGGAUAUGGGUGGCCAGAUGGGGGGAUUAUCGGGGACCACCACAGUGAACAUCACUCUGACUGACGUCAACGACAACCCUCCCCGGUUUCCCCAGAGUACAUACCAGUUUAAGACCCCCGAGUCUUCUCCACCGGGUACACCAAUUGGCAGGAUCAAAGCCAGCGACGCUGACAUGGGAGAAAAUGCUGAAAUUGAGUACAGCAUUACAGAGGGAGAGGGGCUGGACAUGUUUGAUGUCGUCACCGACCAGGAAACCCAGGAAGGGGUUAUUACUGUCAAAAAGCUCUUAGACUUUGAAAAGAAGAAAGUGUACACCCUCAAAGUGGAAGCCUCCAAUCCUCAUGUUGAACCCCGCUUUCUCUACCUGGGUCCGUUCAAAGAUGUGGCUACAGUCAGAAUUAUGGUGGAAGAUGUGGAUGAGCCUCCCGUCUUCAGCAAACUGGCCUACAUCCUACAAAUAAGAGAAGAUGCUCAGAUAAACACAACAAUAGGCUCAGUCACAGCCCAAGAUCCAGAUGCUGCCAGGAAUCCUGUCAAGUAUUCUGUUGAUCGACACACAGAUAUGGACAGAAUAUUCAACAUUGAUUCUGGAAAUGGUUCAAUUUUUACGUCGAAACUUCUUGACCGAGAAACAUUGCUGUGGCACAACAUUACAGUGAUAGCAACAGAGAUCAAUAAUCCGAAGCAAAGCAGCCGAGUCCCUCUAUAUAUAAAAGUUCUAGAUGUCAAUGACAAUGCCCCAGAAUUUGCUGAAUUCUAUGAAACCUUCGUCUGUGAGAAAGCAAAAGCAGAUCAGUUGAUUCAGACCCUACGAGCCAUUGACAAAGACGACCCUUACAGCGGGCACCAGUUCUCAUUCUCUUUGGCCCCUGAAGCAGCCAGUGGCUCAAACUUUACCAUUCAAGACAACAAAGAUAACACAGCAGGAAUCUUAACUCGGAAAAAUGGCUAUAACAGACACGAGAUGAGCACCUAUCUCCUGCCUGUGGUCAUUUCAGACAACGACUACCCAGUCCAAAGCAGCACUGGGACAGUGACUGUCCGGGUCUGUGCAUGUGACCACCAUGGGAACAUGCAGUCCUGCCACGCGGAGGCCCUCAUCCACCCCACGGGACUGAGCACGGGGGCUCUGGUUGCCAUCCUUCUGUGCAUCGUGACCCUACUAGUGACGGUGGUGCUGUUUGCAGCUCUGAGGCGGCAGCGCAAGAAAGAACCGCUGAUCAUGUCCAAGGAGGACAUCAGGGACAACAUCGUGAGCUACAACGACGAGGGCGGCGGGGAGGAGGACACCCAGGCCUUCGACAUCGGCACCCUGCGCAACCCCGCGGCGCUGGAGGACAGCCAGCUGCGCAGGGACGUGGCGCCCGAGGCGCUGCUCCCGGCCCGGCGCGCGCCCGCGGCCCCCGCCAGCACGGACGUGCGGGACUUCCUCCGCCAGCGGCUGCAGGAGCACGACCGGGACCCCGCGGCGCCGCCCUACGACUCGCUGGCCACCUACGCCUACGAGGGCGCGGGCUCGGCGGCCGCCUCGCUCAGCUCGCUGGAGUCCGCCACCACGGACAGCGACCAGAGCUACGACUACCUGCGCGAGUGGGGCCCGCGGUUCCGCAAGCUGGCGGACCUGUACGGGGCCGCGGACGGCGACCGGGACUCCUAGUGCGCGGCCCCUGCGCCCCGCAGGACGCCCCAGGUGGCCCGCGGCGGCCCCGCUGCUCGGCCCUGGCCCUGGCCCUGGCCCUGGCCCUGGCCCUGGCCCUGGCCCUGGCCCUGCGGGGCCCGCGCGGCUGCCGGCCCCGGCGUCAGCGGCCGCGGCCCGUGCGCGCCCCACGUUAGACAACCUUUUUCUAGCACACUUUUAUGAGCUUCCCAGAGGCAUAGGUUUACUUUUCUAGCGCACCCGCCUGACCACGCCCGUCGGCCCGACCGGCCCGACCGGCCCGACCGGCCCGUGCUGGAGGAGGAGAGACAACCAGGAGUCGGACCCUUCCUUCCCGGGCUCUCCUAGGGCGAGUUUGGAACACGCUCGCCGUCCCCGGCCUGGGCCCCUGCACGCUCCGCGGGCCCAGGCCAGCAGGCUGCUCUGACUGCACACUCCGCGUGCCAGCGCCAUGAGGCAAGGGGCCUGCUCCGACGGUCAAGGUACAGUUUCGGACAGAGAAGCGAGCGGGGAGCACCGGCCAGGUUGGCCCUGCCCUGGUGCACCAGCUCACAAGGAGAUGAAUGCCCCGAAUGUGGCUGUGUACUGGGGCUGUGUUGCAAAGGAUUUACGAUGGCAUUUGCCCGUCCUGUUUUGUUCUUCAGGAACUUUAUCUGGCACCGACGACUAUUGCAAACAUCCAGUCCACCGACGUUUUAGGACUCUUGGUCCUCUUUAGGACUGCAAGCAAAUUAAAUGGCGACGUUCAAAAACAGCAAGCAAACAAAAUGUAGUAGUACCUCAUUCCUUGCCACUAACUCAUACUUUGUUAUAUACGACACCUGCAAAAGUUUGCCCUUGCACCAUAUAAAGAGAAAGGGAAAACAGCUAAUGAUGUUAACGAAGGAAAUAUUUGGCGUAUUUUAAAGUUCGGGCCACCAAAAGUACCACAGAUCACUCAAAAUUAUUUCAACCAUCAGUAGGCUAAUUACAAAUAAGUCUAAUUGUUAAAAAUUCUUGAAGGAACUCUUCUGAGACAAAUUUUAACUCCUCGUCUGUAGUUGUUGUCAGUAUUACUCUAAUAUACUUGAAAGUAGCAGCGUGACGUACAAUAAUCCAUAUUCUUCAGAUACUUCGUACACAAUUAAGUUGCAUUAGUAAAGAUAGAUUAAAUAAAACUCAAAUCCCGCCCUCAGAGUUUAAUGGGGAAAUGAGAGCCGGCCACACUUGAACUUGAUAUCCUGUCCUCCACAUCUGGGAACAUCUAUAUAUUUAUAUGACAUGAUCUAGAUAUAUUGUUGAGAUCAUAGUGCAAAACUACAUAUUACAUGUUUGGAAGACGCUUACAUAGGGACAAAUUUGAUUCUCUCCAGUAAGAGUGUUUAAGAUUGUAUUAAAAUGAUAGUUGACUUUCAAAAGCAUUAAUAUUUUCUCAUUGUUUUUAACUUUGUUGCUAUGGCCACCCUGCCAUCCUUGUCUUUCAACUAAUGAUAAAGUAGUGGUCUCAUACUGCAACGGAAAAGUAAUGUACAGUCCAUCCAAUCUAUUAUUUCUCUAAGUAUGCAAUUAGCAUCAUAGUUAUUAUCCAGAGGACCCAACUGAACUGAACUAAUCCUUUUGGCAGGUUCAAGUCAUUUAUUUCAUAUGGCUGUUCUAAUGAUUUGUAUCAUUAGAAUCCUACAUUGUUCAAUCAUCAGAAAUUUCCAAAGUACUGUAAUGAAAACAUAGUUGUCUUGAAAACUUUAAAAAAAAAAAACCCAAACCCAGGCUCUGUGUGUAUAUAUAUACACACACACACACACACACACACACACACACAAUUAUGUACUUAAGAAUAUGCUGACUUCAAUUAUUAGUCUUAGGGAUUUAUUUUCAAUUAAUGUUAAUUUCCUACAGAUAAUCUUAAUGUCAUUUCCAUUUGGAGAUCCUGUCAUAUGAGCACAUACCUUCUAUUUGGAAACACACUUGUAUUAAGUUUUAAAUAGGUGUGUUACCCAGGAAGUAAAGACGGCACUUUCAAAAUAAGAGAAAUGUAGUCUUUUGGGUCACUCAAUUAGAGUGAAAAGGUUUUACGACCAUAUUCUUCCCUGCGUUUACCGAAUGGUUUCCUCUUUUAUAACAGACUUCCCUGUAUACAUACUAACAAGUAUUUCAUGUUUUCAGGGUUUACUUUUGCUAGUUCUUCCUACACAUGCAGGAAUGCAAACAAAAUACUACAGGAGGGUUUCACUAUAAUGAAUAUCUUAGUCACAGUUAAGUGUUGCAAAAAAGAUAGCUUAGGGAAGUUAAUUAGUAAGAGCUAGUUAUUUAUAGCAAUAGAAAACCACCUUAAUCACACGACUUACUGUAAAACUAAAGAGCUCUCUGUCCUUAUGUUUCAUGUCAUGUAAUAAAUUGAAUCAAGAAAGAUAGUACUGUAAAAAGAGAGGUAUCAUCAGAAGUCUUCCUUUUGAACUUUUGGGUUAAUUGGAAUGUCUGAGGGUCGACACUAGCAACUUCCACUGUUUAAGGGUAAGGUUUAUUCUUUCCCCGUAAGUGAAAGUAAGCAGUUCUGUAAUGGAAUUCAAGAUAUAAUUGGCAGGGUAUAUUAUCCCAUCUUGAAGAUGGUACAGUGGACCAAGAACAAGUUAAUAUGACUAAAUAUUUGAAAUAACUGCCUAAUCUCUUGCCACAAAACCUGAUGAUGAAGUGAAUCUCUAAGAAAUUGGACAAUUUAAGACUAGUACAAGGUCCUAUAAGUAUUUUUCCUAUAAUUAAAACUCUCUGAUAUCCUGGAGAUCAUGAGAGCCAUACUUCCAUCAUUCUGUGUGGGUCUCACUUCCUUCUCACCAAGAUAUUGAGUCAAAGACCCCAGUCAACAUGAAUGAUUACUGGAGCGAAAAAAAAAAUAGUUUUUGGCUCAGUUUUCACAAAGUCCCCGUCCUGAUAUCAGAUGUUAGUGACAAGAAGGAUGGAGGGAAAAUGGGAAGAGGUAAAAUUUAAUAUCUGCUUUGGUAAAUAAGAAACUAAAAUUCAUUAAUUAUAAGCAGAUCACUUUAGUGGAUUGCUUCAAGGACUCUGAGGCCCUUCUGAAAUUUUUUCCCUUUCAUUCAAAGGGGAGAGUUUCUUCAAGAUGCUCCCUAAAACAAGCUGCGAUUUUUUAAAUGUUAAGCUAUCGUGCAUAAGUUUACAACCUCUUCACUUCAUAGCCACUUUCUGCUGAAAGACCUAAACAUUUGUCCCCAAAUAAAAAAAUGAAAUCAAAUGGAAGAAAAGAUGGUUCCAUGGAACCAUCUGACAGGAGCUCUGAGCACAGUAAAUAAAUGUUUUUGUUUUUUUUUUUUUUACAGAGCUUUCUUAGCUUUAAGUUUAGUUGCAUACAGGGAGUUUCAGAUACAAAUUGACUCCAUUUUCAAAUGUAACAAAACCUGGCAAUUCAAUUUUAACUCAUUAAAAAAAAAUGUUGGCUUAGUGUUCAUUUUUAGCUUCAAAAAAGUUGUACAAAAAUUCUUUAAAAGUUGAAUCUCUAUCUUGGAAGCAUCCAAAUUAUACGAAACCAAAUUAACUUCAGAAAAUUUCCAUUACUUUCAUUUCUAAGUACAUAAAUAUUAGAUGUCCUGAUUUACCGAGCAAUACCUUCCAUCAAACACUUUGCCUUGAAACGGGCAUUUCAUUGCAGAUGAUCAUGUAUAAACUAAGAAUUAAGAAUUCCUCAAUUCUACAUACUUGAGGGCCAUAAAAGUAUGCAGUUGAAAGGGAAAAACAGAGUUGAUUCGUGGACACAAACUAUUUAAAUCACCCAAAUUCAUCUUCCCCAGGAACCAAACCACCAAAUCAAUGAUCUUACCCUAGUCACUAGUUUUGAAGCAAUAUAAUUACUUUGGAAGAACACUCUAGAAAGUCAUGAUGCCCCACUAUUUUGAAAGAUAUCCUAUUAAAAAGGAUCAUUUUAGUGUAAUUUUAUUUUUUAUGAUUUCAUCUAGAUGAAAUCUUUUUUGAAUUGUGACAGGGGAUUAAACAGCCAAGCAUUUACAUUUAACACUAAAACCCAGCCUCCUUUAUCAGAUUAUAAAAGUGGAAAGAGUAAGACUUAGUGUACAGACCUUCAGGAAGACGAACUAUUUUCCAAAGUCCAACAAGCAGCUUUCUUUUCCAGAGAAUACAGAAUUACAGUAUGGUCACCUUAAAAGUUCAGUGACUAUUACGUUUGCAGCAUUUUUCAUCUCCCUUUGGCAUCUUUAUGGAAUAGUUUUCUAAAGGGGCAAUUCUCUACCAAAAAUCAUCAGACCCUGAUCAUAUUCAAUGUGCAAAAGAAAACCCUCUUAGAAAGGAAAGACAUUGACUCACACACUUGUUAAAAGUCAAUAAAGAAAUAGCUCAUUUUUAAAGCCAGAAGUUUAUGGUCUCUGCAUCGUCAAUUUAAUUUAAGCAUUGCUGAGACGAUCUUUAAUCUACUCCCCAUUUUGUAAUACCUUAUUUAUGAUGCAUUUUCGUUUUUUAAUUUGGGGGGAACGUUAGUCCGACAGAAGCCAGCAGAUGAAAGUGCCAAAAGGAGGUCAAAUGGAAACAAAGCCUAUUACCCACUGUAUUUCAGACAGGACCGAGGCACUUAGCCUGAGAGCCACUGGGUUAUUAGAUUAAUUUCAAAAGAGCUUUUACAAGUUGCUUAAUUCCAUUUUUUUUUUUAAACCCAUGGACCACAAACUCAAAUUUCUCUUCAAAUGGGGUUAAUUUGACAAAUGAGGCAUGGACCCAGCGUUGUGGAAAAAGCAUUCCACUAUAAUGAGAUCUUGGUCUUUCUUGCGAGACUAUGUUAUUUAUGUAAAUAUGUCUAGAGGCACCUUCUAUAAGCUUUUAGUUUUCUAUGAUCUAUUAGUUUAGUGUUUAUUAAGGAAUCAGAUGUAUAGAAUUGCUAGGCAUUCAGGGGGAAUGCUGUGUAGCAAACAAACCGAUCUGCUCUCGGAAAAAAAAAAAACAAAAACAUAGGAACACUUCAAAACCACCAUAUUGUUUUGUUUGUGAUUAUUUUCAUUGCUUUGAAAGUAAACUGCAUAAGAAUAGGCCUUAUAAUAAAUGCUACGUGCGUCUUCAGUAGUACCAAGCUAAGGCAAUUUGGCAUUCUCCUACUGUAAUUUGUGAUUUUAAAUCCAGAAAAUAAAAGCUUUUUGGUAUUGAUUGUUUUUAAUUAAAAAUACUCCCAAGUAUAAAUUGAAGCUGAUGCCACCCUUGAAGAUUUACUGGCUGGAAUGCUCAGUCACACAGUUUUUCUCAGUAUCGCCUAUAUCUGGCGAUGAGAACACCUGAGAGAAACCACCACUGCUCAGCUUUCAUCAACAUUUCUAGUUGGGGAGAUUUUCAUAACUUCACAGUUUACAUGAGAAAGCUUCCUGUAUUAGAAGGAGAGGUAAGAUGAUUACCUUCAAGCGCAGUGUGGCCGGGCCUUUUGUGUAGUCAAAUGGCAAAUACACGCUCCUUGAAAUGGCUUCUUUUAUUUUCCUUUGUUUUCUUAGACUAUAAAUUUGAAAAGAAUGCAAUUUAAAAAGUGAUUUCUCACAAAGAGUAAAUAUGCCUUUUGCAAAUCAAUUUUUGUAACAAGUUAUUUAU